AAGUAGAUUCUAGGUUUAUAUGUAAGGUUUGAUGAAUAGUUUUUAGAGAUGUAUACAACGCUCAAUAGACUAAGGUGUAGUGAACAAAUCUAUAUAGACUAAGGAGUAAUAUUCACUGAAAAGUUUUCCGAGAUCAAAGCAAAGCUAAGGUGCGCACAAGAUGCAUAUACAUACAUGUACAUAGUAAACAGCAUGACUUUGUUUACAUUAAGGACUGUAUAAAUGUCUCAUUAAUAUCUAUACGAAUGAAUAUGCAUGAAUUUACCUGUACAAAUAUAUAUAUAUGUACCUAUAAUAUGCCAGUCAAAGCCACGAUAUAUAAAGCUGCUUUUGUUUAUUGUAUGCAUAUAAUAUUAUGAAUGUAGGAAGAACUGUGUUUUUGUGACGAGCUCAUCUCGUAACCAUACCAGGUUCUUGGAAUUUAAACAAAAUUGUCAUACAAUUUUUCUUGUUUGUCUGGGUCAUGUAUAGGUAAUUAAAAUCACAGGUUUAAUUGCAAGCACUUCAUACAGGAAGUAAAUAAAUGAAGGAAACAAUAAAUAAAAUCAAACGAACGAGAGAAAAAAAACUUUAUAUGUGGGUGGCAGCCAUUUUCAUGAUGACAUGUAUAUUCUAUUAAAACGUCUACGGGUAUUUAGAGUGGGAGAGAGCUAAGUCCUCUAGAAGGGUAUCGAUUCCGAGUCAUGCAGAACGGUAUACAAUGGACAUGCUAGCAAGAACGCCCGUGAACUUUCCGGGACCAGAUAAAAUCAAAUGGCCGUUUGAGGGACAGUUGUCCUUGAAUGAUUGUGAUGAGAAUAUUAAACAGACUUUGGGUACUCCCGCAAGCUUUUUAGUUUGAACGCUACCGAAGUGGAAAGCAAACAACGGAUUGUUAAUACAACAACAACGAAUGGAAUAAGAUAUAAUUAUCUUAAAACUUAGCUGUAAAUAUGUGAUAUUGGAAUUAAAAACUCGAGACAUAUUAAAUAUUCUAGCACUCGGUUGUAAAUAAGCAAUAUUGGAACUAAAGCUCGAGACAUAUGUUUGUUUUUUUGUUUCUUCACUUUAAGCCUUGCGGCCCAUCGGUAUUACAGCAAAACAGAAUAAUAUUAUGUGCAUGUACAAUAAGGAUAUCAAAAACAUAUACAAAAUGUUGAGUAUGAUAUGAAAAAUAAAUUACAUUGUACAAGACAAGAAUGAAUUUGAUAGAAUGGCGGACAGCUGUGAAAUAUAUAUGAGAUAAUUGUAUGAAGUCAUAUUCAUAAUUUGAUAGAUUGGAAGACGACAGGCAUAACAUAUGAAGUAAAAAAUGUGCCAGAAAAUGUCAUUUGCAUGAGGUAACCGGAAGAAAAUACAUGGGGAACCAGUCCUACCAAGGAUAUACGAACGGAGAGAAACCUACCUACGAUAACCCUGCUUACGUAGUGGACACAAAUGACGUCAGUAUUAGCGUCCGUCCAAAGUCUGAAAAGCGACCUAAACAGUUUGACGACGGGAUAGAUCGGAGGUGUGGAUACGGAAAGCUGAAAGCAGGAUGGAUGCAAGUGUUCAACAAGAUGUCUUUCUUUGUCGUGUGGGCAUUCAUCCUGUGCUUCCUGGAAGGGUUUGCUGUCAAUGGCAUCGGCAGUGCCGCCCUUCCCUCAAUAGAGCGUCAGUUUCAGCUGACAUCAACUAAGUCCGCCCUCAUCCCGAGUUCACAGGAUAUCGGGGCUCUCAUCGUCGUCCUCUUCGUCAGUUUCCUCGGUGGACGCUAUCACAAACCUUUCAUCGUGGCUACUGGGUCCGUAAUAAUGGCCGUCGGUUCCCUCCUCUUCAUCGUCCCUCACAUGGCAGAUACAUAUACGCCCGGAGAUAUAUCCAAGACAUCCGAUUCCAUCUGUCCAGCAGCUGGUGGAGGAGGAGGCGGCCCGGCGCCAUCUUGUGGAUCUUCUGGAGAGAAGUACCUCGGUGUAUUCAUGGUCGCACAAAUAGUACAUGGCUUGGGAUUUACUCCAAUGUUUACCCUCGGUACAGUCUAUAUCGAAGAGAACGAGGACCGCUCAACAGCUGCUGUCUACAUUGGUCUGACGUACGCAGCUGCGGCCCUAGGUGUUGCAUCUGGCUUUUUCGUCGGUGGUCAACUGACAGAGAAGUUAUUUGUGGACUUCGACAGAAUAGAUCAGGAAAGCCUCGGAUUCAACGCCCGUGAUCAACGAUGGGUUGGAGCGUGGUGGGUAGGGUUCAUCAUUUCUGCGGUGGGGUUUCUGUUGAUCGCGAUCCCCAUCUAUGGUUACCCAAAACACAUGCCGGGGUAUGGACCAAUUGAUGAUCCAAAGCAAAACCAAGAUAAAAAGAGUAUCAAGCAAAUGAGUAUCUCAUUCUUCAAAGAUUUACUCAGAUUGAUAAAGAAUCCAGUGUAUAUGUUCAUAAAUCUGGGCGGAUGUACAACAUCACUCAUCAUAACGGGAGUGUCAGCAUUCUCAUUUAAGUUCUUGGCGGAACAGUAUCAAGUGAGCUUUGAUGUCGCUGGCUACCUCAUUGGGGGUCUGAUACUCGUUGGGGCCGUCGGUAUGGUGUUAGGAGGCGUACUGGUGAGGAUAUUUAGGUUGGAGACCAUUGGGAUGACACGACUGAGUGUAUUGGUGUCGCUUGCGUCCGUUGCACUUGGGACAAGCUUCCUGGCUGGAUGUCCAAACGUCAACCUCGUGGGACUCUCAGUUCCCUACUCGGAUACCAGCGCAAUGAAUGGAUACAUCGAUACAUGUCAGGGGUCAUGUGACUGUACGUCCACUUCGUAUUCACCCGUGUGUGGUCAUGACAAAAGCGUGUAUUACUCCGCCUGUCACGCUGGUUGUAACACUCAGUCCUCGAUAGGCCAGGAGACACGAUACGGUAACUGUAGCUGUGUCGCCAAUCGUCUGAACGUAUCUGUAACUGAUGCUGAUGCUGUGGCGGUGUUAGGGAGAUGUGAAGAUAACUGUACGAACCUUAAGAUCGUCGCCCCAUGUUUAUACAUCGCCCUCCUGGUCAUUCUCCUCAGCGUCACCCCGACUUCCAUGGCAACGCUCAGAUGUGUUGACGGGGAUCAGAAAUCGUUCGCAUUGGGACUACAGUGGUUGUUUCUGAGAUUAUUAGGUACGAUUCCUGGACCUCUUUUGGUGGGCGCUGUCCUUGAUGGCACGUGUGAGAUCUGGACAGAGUUGCCGUGCACCAGUAGCAAGUUCUGCAUGAUGUACAGCCUCUCGCGCAUGUCCACAGAAAUAAUGUUUUGGUGGGUCAUCGUUUCCGCUUCGUCCGCCGUCUUUUAUUUUAUAGCGUCAGUGUUUGCAUCAAGAGGUAAAAAUAAAUUCACUCUCGGCUCCAAAUGACAACAAACAUGUUUUUAAUAAUCAUGAGUGAUACUGUGGUUCUGAUUUGAAUUUGGGGCAAAAUGUACCCUUUUACUUGAUACAUUUUAAGAGUUGGGUAAGAGAAUACAUGUUUCCGAUAAAAGGUUUGCAGGCCAACAACUACCAUGAUGUAUAACAUUACAGUUAAUUCCAAGGUUGUGAACUUUACGUCAGUCAAUAAAAUCGUUUUCUAACUUUA